AUGAGAGCAGUUGUUUUUGCCUUGACUCUGGCCCUUGUGGCGGGUCACCAGAUUAAGCUUGCACCAGAAUUUGCCACCAGUAAGAACUAUGUGUACAAGUAUGAAGCAGUGAUCAUGGGUGGUCUGCCUGAGGCGGGCCUGGCCAGGGCUGGAGUGAAAGUUACCAGCAAGGUUCUAAUCAGUGCAGUUGCCCAGAACAACUACCUGCUGAAGCUCAUGGACCCUCAGAUCUUUGAGUACAGUGGCAUCUGGCCCAAGGAUCCAUUUGUACCAGCUGCAAAGCUAACUGAGGCCCUCGCUGCUCAGCUGCUAAUUCCCAUCAAAUUUGAGUACACUAAUGGUGUCGUGGGGAAGGUGUUUGCCCCCGCUGAUGUCUCUGCAACUGUUCUGAAUGUCCACAGAGGUAUCCUGAACAUACUUCAGCUCAACAUCAAACAGACCCAGAACGUGUAUGAGUUGCAAGAGGCUGGAGCUCAAGGAGUCUGCAAGACAGACUAUGUGAUCAGUGAGGAUGCAAAGGCAGAGCUCAUUUAUAUCACCAAGUCCAAAGAUCUGAACAACUGCGAGGAGAGAAUAAUGAAGGAUAUUGGUAUGGCAUACAUGGAGACAUGUGCCCGCUGUCAACAGAGAGGAAAGAACAUGAGGGGAGCUGCAGCCUACAACUAUGUGAUGGAGCGAACUGCAAGUGGAGCUGUAAUUAAAGAGGCCACUGUUAAGGAGCUUCAUCAGUUCACGCCUUUCAAUGAGAUGGCUGGGGCUGCCCAAAUGGAAGCAAGACAAAUCCUUGCAUUCCUUGAGUUCCAAGCAGAUGCCGUUAGGCCCAUUCAAGCAGACUACCUGGCUCGUGGGUCUUUGGCUUAUGAGUUUGCAUCUGAGAUACUCCAGACUCCCAUUCAACUCAUAAGGAUCAGUAAUGCACACACUCAGAUUGUUGAAAUCCUGAAUCAUCUGGUAACAUACAAUGUGGCUGCGGUCCAUGAAGAUGCUCCUCUGAAGUUUGUAGAGCUGGUCCAGCUACUCCGUGUAGCUACAUAUGAGAACAUUGAAGGCAUCUGGGCUCAAUUCAAGGAGAAGCCAGCACACAGGCGCUGGAUCUUGGAUGCCGUUCCUGCCAUCGGAACAGUCCAUGCUGUGAGAUUCAUCAAGGAGAUGUUCCUGGCUGGUGAACUUACCACUGCUGAAAGUGCUCAGGCACUGCUAGCUGCUGUGCAAAUGGUCAAGGCGGACAUGGAAACCAUUGACCUUGCAGCUAGUCUGGUAUUCAGCCCUCAAAUUGAGAAAAACCGUGUUCUGCGUGAAAUUGCCAUGCUUGGUUACGGCUCCAUGGUUUUCAAGUUCUGUGCUGCACACCCCACCUGCCCAGCUGAUGUUCUGAAGCCCGUUCAUGACAUUGCUGCUGAAGCUAUUGCUAAAGCUGAUGUGGCUGAGAUCAUCCUGGCAGUGAAAGUUCUGGGGAAUGCUGGUCAUCCUGCCAGUAUCAAGACAAUCAUGAAGCUCCUGCCUGGAUUUGGUCAUGCAGCUGCUGCGCUCCCAGUCAGAGUUCAUGUUGACGCUGUGAUGGCCCUCAGGAACAUUGCCAAACUGGAACGCAGAAUGGUCCAGGAGGUGGCUGUACAACUGUUCAUGGACAGAGCUUUGCAUCCAGAGGUGCGCAUGGUGGCCUGUGUUGUGCUGUUUGAGACCAGGCCAAGUAUGGGUUUGGUGGCUGCAGUUGCUGACGCUCUAGCGAAGGAGGCCAGCCUGCAAGUUGCCAGCUUCACCUAUUCCCACAUGAAGGCUCUGACCAGGAGUACUGCCCCUGACCUUGCUCCUGUUGCUGCUGCCUGCAAUGUUGCCGUCAAGAUCCUGAGCCCCAAAUUAGACAGACUGAGCUACCGUUUCAGCAAAGCUAUCCAUCUUGACAGUUACAACACUCAUCUGAUGGCUGGUGCUGCUGCCAGUGCCUUCCUUGUCAAUGAUGCUGCCACCCUUUUGCCCAGGGCUGUUGUAGCCAAAUUCCGUGCCUACAUUGCUGGCGCAGCAGCUAAUGUUCUGGAGCUUGGUGUUAGAACUGAAGGAAUCCAGGAGGCUCUUCUGAAAGCACCUGCUGUUGCUGCUGCUGACAGGAUCACAAAGAUGAAGCGUGUCUUGAAGGCUCUCACAGACUGGAAGGCUGCACCAGCAAAUGAGCCAUUGGCUUCAAUGUAUUUCAAGCUGUUCGGUCAAGAAAUUGCCUUUGUAAACAUUGACAAGGCCAUCAUUGACCAGGCAAUACAGGUUACUACCGGAAGCGCUGCACAUCAUAUAAUGGUGAAGCAUGCACUGAACACGCUGCAGUCUGGAGCUGCAUUCCAGUGGGCUAAGCCCCUGCUGGCAGCAGAGGUGCGUCGUAUCUUCCCAACUUCUGCUGGUGUCCCCAUGGAAGUGAGUCUAUACACUGCUGCUGUUGCUGCUGCUGCAGUUAAGGUCAGAGCCACCAUGACACCUGCACCUGCUGAAGCCUUCCAUGUCGCUCAGCUGUUGAACACUAACAUUGAACUAGACGCUGACAUCGCACCAAGCAUUGCCAUGCACACAUUUGCAGUGAUGGGAGUGAAUACUGCCUUCAUUCAGGCUGCAGUUAUGGCCAAAGCCAAAGUGCACACAACCAUCCCUCUGAAGUUUGCUGCAAGAAUCGACAUCGCUGAAGGCAUCUUCAAGGUUGAGGCCUUGCCUGCUCAGGCUCCGGAACACAUUGCGGCUGUGCGUAUUGGAACCUUUGCUGUGGCAAGAAAUGUAGAAGAUGUUGCAGCAGCUAAAAGAGUUGCAAUAUUGCCUGCAGCUCUUGCAGCCCAGCUGUCCAAGGAGAAAUUCACAUCUAAAGCAGCCGUUUCUAUUGCUAGUGGAUUGUCAGCAUCAUCAGAAAUCAUUUACACUGAUAUAACUGCCAGUGCCAGGCCCAAAGUGGCUAUUUCAGCUAAAGUUCACGAAGCACUGUGUGCCACAUUCACUACCUUUGGAUUGAAAGCGUGCGUUGAGGUUGCCUCCAUGAACGCUGCGUUCAUCAGAAACUGUCCUCUUUACAAACUGGUUGGAGAGCAUGCAGUCACAGUUGCUGUGAAACCAGCUGCUGAAGCAGCCAUUGAAAAAGUGGAGAUUGAAAUCCAGCUUGGACCCAAGGCAGCAUCAAAAAUCAUCAGAAUAAUCAGCCUGAAGGAUGCUGUGGAAGCUCCAGAGGGAAAGACUGUCCUGCUUAAACUGAGGAAGAUUCUGGAAACUGGAGCAGUGAGUAAUUUUGGUUUACAAAUCACAAACCGUACCAGUUCUUCCUCCAGCUCAAGUAGCUCUGCCACAGCCAGCGUCAGCAAGAGUUCCUCCAGCUCCUCCAGCUCGUCCUCCUCUUCAGCUGCUUCUCGUCACAAGAAAAACAGCAAACAUGUGGCCAGUGGCAGCAAGAUCAUCAGGAGAAGCAGCAGCAGCAGCAGUAGCAGCAGGAAGCGCAAGUCGGCCUCAAAGAAGAUCAGUUCCAGAGCUUGGAGUGUCAGCAGCUCUGUCAGUAGCUCUGUCAGCAGCCGUAUCUCCAGCCGCAUGUCUAGGGCUGAAAUCUACGACUACAAGUUCACCAAACACCACAUCCAUCAGCACACAAUCUCUAGAGGUGUCUCCAAGGCCAUGGUGUCCUCCAGUUCCAGAAGCAAGAGUGUGAGCAGCAGCGUCAGUAGCAGCGCCCGCAGCGGCAUCCGCGGCAGAGUCAACAGCAGGGUCAGCAGCAGUGUGAGCAGCAGCGUGAGCAGCAAGAGCAGUGCUUCCAGCUUUGAGGCCAUUUACAAAAAGAAUAGAUACCUCGGAGAUACUGAGCAGCCUGCCGCUGUGAUCAUUAUCCGUGCAGUGAGGGCUGAUGCAAAGAUGCAGGGAUACCAAAUUGCUGCCUAUAUGGAUGCUGCUGCUAACAGGGUUCAAGUCAUCAUGGCUACUCUUGCCGAAAAUGAAAACUGGAAGAUGUGCGCUGAUGGUAUCCUACUGAGCAGACACAAAGCCAUGGCCAAGGUUGCCUGGGGAGCAGAAUGCCAGGAGUAUGCAGCAGUGAUAAAGGCCGAGACUGGUCUUCUGGGUGCAAGCCCUGCAGCCCGCCUGAAGCUGAAGUGGCACAAGAUUCCUCGCGCUGUUAAGCACUACUCAAAGAUGCUCUCUGCCUAUAUCCCUGGUGCUGCUUUGAUGGCUGGUUUGAGUGAGGGCAGACCAUAUAACAGAGGGAGACAGAUCAAAUUGACUGUGGCUGCCACCUCUGAGAGGACCAUUAAUCUGAUCUUGAAAACACCAAGGAUGACUCUUUAUAAACUGGCUAUGUACCUCCCCAUUGCCCUGCCUUUCGGAGCUGAAGCAACUGCCCAUGCAAACCUGGAACAGAAUAUUGCUGAGAGAAUUCACAAUAUGUAUGCUGAAGCCAAUGCAGCAAAAUGCAGCCUGACCAAUGACACAAUGACUACAUUCAACAACAGACGAUACAGGAAUGAAAUGCCCAUUUCCUGCUACCAAGUUCUGGCUCAGGAUUGCACACCAGAGCUGAAGUUUAUGGUUCUGAUGAAGAAAGAUCAGGCCUCUGAACAGAACCACAUCACUGUGAAACUCGCAGACCUUGAUGUUGAUCUGUACCCCAGUGACAGCGGAGCGCUGAUGAAGAUCAACGGCAUGCAAGUUCCAAGCCUUCCAUAUGAACAUCCUACAGGAUCAAUCCUCAUCAGACAGAAUGGCGAUGGCCUUUCCCUCUAUGCUGCCAGCCAUGGUCUACAUGAGGUGUACUUUGACAAGAACAUGUGGAAGGUUCAAGUUGUUGACUGGAUGAAGGGUCAGACUUGUGGAAUCUGUGGAAAGGCUGAUGGUGAAGUAAGACAGGAAUUCCGCACUCCCAACGGACGCCUGACCAAGAGUGCACUCAGCUUUGCCCAUUCCUGGGUUCUUCCUGCAGAAAGCUGCCGUGACAACAGCCAGUGCCGAAUGAAGCUGGAGUCAGUGAAGCUUGAGAAGCAGAUGAUCUUGGAUGGACAGGGGUCUAAAUGCUAUUCUGUUGACCCUGUGCUUCGCUGUCUGCCUGGCUGCCACCCACUGAGGACCACCCCUGUCACUGUUGGCUUCCACUGCCUCCCCAUUGAAUCCAAUGUGAACAUGUCUGAGGGUCUGGGCAGUAUCAGGGAGAAGAGUGUGGACCUCAAGGAAACAGUCAACGCACAUUUGGCCUGUCGCUGUACAGAACAGUGUGCUUAA